AUGUUUAUAAUUCAAUUAAUUGGAGCUUUAAUUGUGCUUAUCAUUGAAACCUUUAAUCGAAUUGAAUUUAAAUAGUCUCUCAUCUAUUUCUAUUAUCGUUAUGGCACCAGUCUUAGAGAACCUAUUAACAAUCAAAUUUAGAUUGAAAACCAACAUACUCUUAUUUAUCAAAUUAAAUCCCAUUUUUAAUAAAUUAGACAAUUCGAUAAUGAGUGCUCUUAUCUUAAAUACUUAUAAGAUGAAUCAAUCCUAUUUUAGUAUCAUAUAGACUGCGCGAUAGAUGCACAUCUGAACAAUAAUAUUAUUUACAUUAUUGACUAUAACAAUUGUACAAGUACAUUACUUAAACAGUUUUAAGUGUAUAUCAAAUAGAUGACGAAGAAAUUUUUGAUGUAGAAUUUUAUGGAUUCAAUAAAUUGGUCAAGAUUAAUCUCGUUUUUCAAUCCAUCUAUUUAGGAGAAUAUUAUAAAUCAUAAUUUAUGAAUUAAAAUUUAUAUAUAACUACGAUACAUGAAUAAAACACGAUCCAUUAUGUCUACAGAGAUAAAUCAAUUAAUAAAUUUGAAUGUAUUUAAUAAAAUAGAACUCUAAAUUUUUAUUAAUCAAAUAAUUAAUUACUUAUCAUCAGUAAUACAUUUGACAUCGAAUACAUUUCAGUUUUAAAGUAAAUGAUUUUUUUGUUUUAGCUAUGUUAAAAAAUUAGAUAUUUAAUUUUUAUAAACUUUUCACAUCUUUCACAAAGGACAACAGGUUAUUAACAUACCUUUUGAAACUUCAUUAAAUAAAUCUACAGAUAUUCUAAAUUUAAUUGUAAUAAUUCUCGAUGAAUUUUAAUAAUCGAUCAAAAUAUCAAUCAUACAUUAUUAACUAUCAGUAUUCUCAGGUUUUGGAUCAUCAAGCAUUAUCUAUUAAGAGGAAGUAACAAACAUUGUAUGAUAAUUCAUACUUAUUUUAGUAUGAUUCAUCAUUUAAAACAAAUUGGAAAGAAUCAAUAAAAUAUGAAAGUAUGGAAGAUCAUAUAUAUAUUAUUUAUGGUACUUAGCAUUAUUUUAUACGACCUUGUUAAUUUUCUUAAUAGAGAUAUGAAGUUAUUAAACUGAAUACUUAGACAAAAGAAAUUGGAAUAAAAAAUAGGAUAGUCAAACUUAAACUUCAUAGUUAUAACCUAUUAGUCUAAACAUAUAAUUAUAUAAGUGAUUCUAAUUAAUUUUAUUAUCUUAAUUUAUCUACUGUGUAAUAGAAUAGAGAUUACUAGUAAUAAAUUUGUAUUUUAUUUAUCUUAAGUUUAUAGAGUUCCUAAAAUUAGAAGAUUUUAAAUAAUGCAUUCAUAAAAAUACUAUAAUUGAUUUUACAAUUUUAAAUAAAAAUCUUUAUUCAGAAAUCAUGCUUCUUCUUCAAUCAGGGGAUAUAGUUAUAGGAUAAUUGUAAUAUCCUUUAUAUCAAUAAAUACUUGAAUGGGCUUUUGGAUCAGAGGCUGAAUUUGAUGACAUUAGAAGUAUUCGAACAUCCAAAAUUUGGAUAUUAAUAACAAUAGUGUUAGUAAUCUUAAAACUAGGUCAUCAUUUGUAUAAUUCUAAUUGA